UAUCCCUGCGCCUGUGCGCGCCCGGCGGAGGCGGAGGGUGGAUGGGGGAAGCACCGCGGCGGUCGCGGUGAGGCGGCGGCAGCAGCAGCCGGCAUGGAGGGCAGCGCCCGCUCCCGCGGCGGCACGCCGGGGCCAGUGGCCUGCUAGGGACCGGCGAGGGGGGAUCUCCGCGGCCGCCCUUCCCCGCCUCCCGCCCUCCCCUUCCCCGCCGCCUCCCCCGCCCGCCUGGAAGCAUGAACUGGCAGCGGAGGUGCUGCUCCCCGCCGCCGCCUCCCCGCCGGUGAGAGCGAGGAGGGAGGGAAGAUGGGGGCCGUCCUGCGCAGCCUACUCGCCUGCAGUUUUUGUUCCCUGAUGCGAGCUGCCCCGCUGCUGCUGUACGCGAACCGCCGGGAUCUGCGGCUGGUGGACGCUGCCCACGGCAAGGAGAACGCCACGGUGAUCGUGGGGGGCCUGGAGGACGCGGCCGCCGUGGACUUCGUGUUCCUCAAGGGCUUGAUUUACUGGAGCGAUGUCAGCGAGGAAGCCAUCAAACGGACAGAGUUCAAUAAAUCCGGCAGCGUACAAAACGUGGUCAUUUCUGGACUUCUGUCGCCCGACGGGCUGGCCUGUGACUGGCUGGGGGAGAAGUUGUACUGGACAGAUUCAGAAACAAAUCGGAUUGAGGUUUCUAACUUAGAUGGAUCACUGAGGAAAGUUUUGUUUUGGCAAGAAUUGGAUCAACCCAGAGCGAUUGCCUUAGAUCCUGCAAGAGGGUUCAUGUACUGGACAGACUGGGGAGAAGCACCAAAGAUAGAACGAGCUGGGAUGGAUGGUUCAAGCCGCUCCAUCAUCGUUAACACGGACAUAUAUUGGCCGAACGGACUGACGCUGGAUUAUGAGGAACAGAAGCUCUAUUGGGCAGAUGCUAAACUGAAUUUCAUCCACAAAUCAAAUCUGGAUGGAAGUCAUAGGCAAGCAGUGGUUAAAGGCUCCCUUCCACAUCCCUUUGCUUUGACACUGUUUGGGGACACGUUGUACUGGACUGACUGGAACACACAUUCCAUCUUGGCCUGCAGCAAGUACUCCGGGGAGGACCUGCGUGAAAUCCAUUCCAACAUCUUCUCUCCCAUGGAUAUCCAUGCCUUCAGCCAGAAGAGGCAGCCAAAUGCUACAAACCCAUGUGGAACUAAUAAUGGUGGCUGCUCCCACUUGUGUUUGAUGUCUCCUACCAAGCCCUCUUAUCAGUGUGCAUGUCCCACUGGUGUGAAACUUCUUGAGAAUGGAAAGACCUGCAAAGAUGGUGCCACCGCACUGCUGCUCCUGGCCCGCCGGACGGACCUGAGGCGCAUUUCCUUGGACACGCCCGAUUUCACGGACAUCGUGCUGCCGCUGGAGGACAUCCGCCAUGCCAUCGCCAUCGACUUCGAUCCUCUGGAAGGAUACAUCUACUGGACGGACGACGAAGUGAGGGCCAUCCGCCGCUCCUUCCUGGACGGCUCGGGCAGCCAGUUCGUGGUCACGGCGCAGAUCGCGCACCCCGAUGGCAUCGCUGUGGACUGGGUGGCCCGCAACCUGUACUGGACGGACACUGGCACGGACCGCAUUGAAGUCACCAGGCUUAAUGGCACCAUGAGGAAAAUCUUGAUAUCAGAAGACCUGGAAGAACCCAGAGCUAUUGUGCUGGAUCCCAUGGUUGGGUACAUGUACUGGACUGACUGGGGAGAAAUCCCAAAAAUUGAGAGGGCAGCACUGGAUGGCUCAGACAGAAUUGUGCUGGUGAACACCUCGCUUGGCUGGCCAAAUGGGUUGGCACUGGAUUAUGCAGAAAGCAAAAUAUACUGGGGAGAUGCCAAAACAGACAAAAUAGAGGUCAUGAAUGCUGAUGGAACUGGUAGGAGAGUCCUGGUGGAGGACAAGCUGCCUCAUAUAUUUGGAUUCACUCUGUUGGGAGACUACAUUUACUGGACAGACUGGCAGAGGCGCAGCAUUGAGCGCGUGCACAAGUGCACGGCAGAGAGAGAGAUCAUCAUCGAUCAGCUGCCCGAUCUGAUGGGCCUGAAAGCCACCAACGUCCACCAGGUCAUCGGUACAAACCCCUGUGCAGAAGACAACGGCGGCUGCAGCCACCUGUGUCUGUACCGACCACAAGGCCUUCGCUGCGCCUGCCCCAUCGGCCUGGAGCUCAUCAGUGACAUGAAGACCUGCAUCGUGCCAGAAGCUUUCCUGCUCUUCUCCAGGAGGGCAGACAUCAGGCGCAUCUCCCUGGAAACCAACAAUAACAACGUUGCUAUUCCACUCACUGGAGUCAAAGAAGCUUCUGCUCUGGAUUUUGAUGUGACAGACAAUCGCAUUUACUGGACUGACAUUUCACUGAAGACCAUCAGCAGAGCGUUUAUGAAUGGCAGCGCGCUGGAACACGUCGUGGAGUUCGGCUUGGAUUAUCCCGAGGGCAUGGCUGUGGACUGGCUGGGGAAGAACUUGUACUGGGCUGACACUGGCACCAACCGGAUCGAGGUGUCCAAGCUGGACGGGCAGCACCGCCAGGUGCUUGUGUGGAAAGAUCUCGACAGUCCUCGGGCACUGGCACUCGACCCUGCCGAGGGGUUCAUGUACUGGACUGAGUGGGGUGGCAAGCCAAAGAUUGACAGAGCUGCCAUGGAUGGCAGUGAGAGGACCACGCUGGUCCCAAACGUGGGACGUGCUAACGGCCUGACCAUUGACUACGCCAAGAGACGCCUGUACUGGACCGACCUGGACACCAACCUGAUAGAGUCCUCCAACAUGUUAGGCCUUGACCGUGAGAUCAUAGCUGAUGAUUUGCCUCAUCCCUUUGGCCUGACCCAGUACCAGGAUUACAUUUACUGGACAGACUGGAGCCGGCGCAGCAUCGAACGGGCCAACAAGACCAGUGGCCAGAACCGAACCAUCAUCCAGGGCCACCUGGAUUACGUUAUGGACAUCCUGGUCUUCCACUCCUCCCGGCAGGCGGGCUGGAACGAGUGUGCCUCCAGCAAUGGGCACUGCUCCCACCUGUGCCUGGCAGUCCCUGUGGGAGGCUUUGUCUGUGGCUGCCCAGCUCACUAUUCCUUGAACUCCGACAACAGGACCUGCAGUGCUCCUACCACCUUUUUGUUGUUCAGUCAGAAGAACGCGAUCAAUCGCAUGGUGAUAGACGAGCAGCAGAGCCCAGACAUCAUUCUCCCCAUCCACAGCCUCCGCAACGUCCGCGCCAUUGAUUACGACCCCCUGGACAAGCAGCUCUACUGGAUUGACUCCCGGCAGAACAUCAUCCGCAAGGCACAGGAGGAUGGCAGCCAGAGCCUCACUGUUGUGACAAGUCCAGUUCCCAAUCAGAACCUGGACAUGCAGCCCUAUGACCUGAGCAUUGACAUCUACAGCCGCUACAUCUACUGGACCUGCGAGGCCACCAACGUCAUCAACGUGACUCGCCUGGAUGGGAGACCCAUGGGAGUGGUGCUCAAGGGGGAUCAGGAUAGGCCCAGAGCCAUUGUGGUGAAUCCAGAGAAAGGAUACAUGUAUUUCACCAACCUCCAGGAGAGAUCUCCUAAAAUUGAGAGAGCAGCAUUGGAUGGAACUGAGCGAGAAGUCCUUUUUUUCAGCGGUUUGAGCAAGCCCAUCGCCUUAGCUGUUGACAGCCAGCUGGGCAAGUUGUUCUGGGCUGACUCAGAUCUGCGCAGAAUUGAAAGCAGUGACCUUUCAGGUGCUAACAGGAUCGUUCUGGAAGACUCCAAUAUCUUGCAGCCUGUGGGACUAACUGUCUUUGAGAACUGGCUGUACUGGAUUGACAGGCAGCAGCAGAUGAUUGAGAAGAUUGAUAUGACUGGUCGAGAAGGACGUACAAAGGUCCAGGCUCGUAUUGCACAACUCAGUGACAUCCAUGCUGUGAAGGAGCUCAACCUGCAGGAAUACAGACAACAUCCGUGCUCUCAGGAUAAUGGUGGCUGCUCCCACAUUUGCAUUGUGAAGGGGGACGGCUCCACGCGCUGCUCUUGCCCCGUGCACCUGGUGCUGCUGCAGGAUGAGCUGUCCUGCGGAGAACCACCAACAUGCUCCCCUCAGCAGUUCACCUGUUUCACAGGUGAGAUUGACUGCAUCCCGGUGGCCUGGCGCUGCGAUGGGUUCACUGAGUGUGAGGACCACAGUGACGAGAAGAACUGCCCAGUGUGCUCUGACAGCCAGUUCCAGUGUGAGAGUGGGCAGUGCAUAGACAGUGCCCUGCGCUGCAACGGGGAAGCCAACUGUCAGGACAACUCGGAUGAGAAGAACUGCGAAGUGCUGUGUUUAACGGAUCAGUUCCGCUGUGCCAGUGGGCAGUGCAUCGGGAAAAGCAAGAAGUGUGAUCACAACCUGGACUGCAGUGACAGCUCUGAUGAGCAAGGAUGUUACACAACGGAGGAACCUGCACCACAGCCCAACAACACCAUAGGCUCCAUCAUUGGUGUGAUCCUUACGGUCUUUGUGGUGGGAGCAAUGUACUUCAUCUGCCAGAGGGUGCUGUGCCCACGCAUGAAGGGUGAUGGGGAAACCAUGACCAAUGAUUACGUGGUGCACGGGCCAGCCCCAGUGCCUCUGGGCUAUGUGCCUCACCCCAGCUCUCUGUCAGGGUCUCUCCCUGGUAUGUCUCGAGGUAAAUCUGUCAUCAGCUCCCUCAGCAUUAUGGGAGGGAGCAGCGGCCCACCCUAUGACAGGGCCCAUGUUACAGGAGCCUCCUCCAGCAGUUCUUCAAGUACCAAAGGCACUUACUUUCCUCCAAUUUUGAACCCACCACCAUCACCAGCUACUGAACGUUCACAUUAUACCAUGGAAUUUGGUUAUUCUUCAAACAGCCCAUCCACUCAUAGAUCCUACAGCUACCGGCCCUACAGCUACCGGCACUUCGCGCCGCCCACGACGCCCUGCAGCACGGACGUGUGCGACAGCGACUACGCCCCGAGCCGCCGGCUGCCCGCGGCCGCCGCCAAGGGCUACACCAGCGACCUCAACUACGACUCGGAGCCGGUGCCGCCGCCGCCCACGCCGCGCAGCCAGUACCUGUCUGCCGAGGAGAACUGCGAGAGCUGCCCGCCGUCGCCGUACACGGAGCGCAGCUACUCGCACCACCUGUACCCGCCGCCGCCGUCGCCCUGCACGGACUCGUCGUGAGGGGCAGCCCCCCGCCCCGCGCCCGCCGCGCUGUAAAUACGGAAGGUUCCGCUGGGGACGGGGGGGAGGGAGCCGCGCCUGCGGGAGCACAGUGUACAGUUCAGUGUGGGGAGGAGGGGCGCUGAAGGUGUUUGUACAGAAGAGUUUAAAAAAAAAAAAAAGAAAAAAGAAAAAAAAGGAUAUUUAUAUAUUUUCUUAAACAGCAGCUGCUGCUUGUGCCAUAAGAAGAGAAAAUUUUUGUAUAAAAGAACCCAGACGUUUGUACAAAAAGUUUUUAUUUUUGCAAGUGGAACACAAAAACAUGCCUUAAUCCAGUGAAGUGACUGAGCACAUAAGGAAAUGGAAGGACUGGGAUAUGUUUCUUGUCCAGUGAGGUGAUACGUGGGUUUUGUCAAUACCAAAAAUGUUUAAAGUAAUUAAUAAUAAAGAAGUCCGUCUCAGAGCAGCAUACCAUAGCUACUUGGAAGUAGCCAAAUAACCUCUAUGUUAACUGCAGAGGGCCAGCAACUGAAGUUAAACUUGAAAAUGCAGUCAGGACAGAUAUUAACCUUACACAAAGGGCUUUGUUUUCUACAGGAAUACAGCAGUCGUAGCAGUGAAUCCAGAAAAUCAAUUGCACACUUUUUUAAAUGAAUGCACCUCUGUUUUUCUUUAAUGCAUUUAACAAAUGAGAGCGUUUAAAGCUUUCUCCCUGCUUCUGGAAUUUCAGUUAUUUUUGUUGGGUGUAUCUUAAAAUUUGGUUUUUAACCCCAGUUAGGUUUUCUUGUCUUUUCUUCAUCCUUUCUUCCUGCCCGUGUCACUUAAAUUCAUGAUAUUUCUAUUUAAAGUACUGCUAGAACUGGGCUGCUGUAAAUGCCGGGUUUUCUCCUAAUUAGCCUUGUCGUGCAGUGAUUAUCAUGCUAUACAUUACUCUCCUCAUUUUGCCAGCAUGGUAGGACUCUGUUUUGUACCAGGUCAGUACGAUUCUCACAUCAUUGACAAGGGUAAUAUGCAUAUACCUGAAUGAUUUUUAGUCCCUUAAAAAAGAAAAUCUUAUUUUGACCUAGUGCCCACAAAAUGUCAAAUAUUUUUAUACCGCAUAUAAUAUAGACAGCAUAUUUAUAAUCUAUAAAUUUAACCAUGAAUUGUUAGUUUUACUGUAAAUGAAUAAUAUAUCCUUGCAGUACUUCCAGUGUAUAUUGAUAUCACAGUAUACAAAUCAUAUAUAUAUAUAUAUAUAUAUAUUUUUUUUUUUUCUAGUAAGGAAGCAUUUAACUUUCAGUGGAACAGCUGUCCAUAAGAAAAAUAGAUGUUUUGCUCAUUGGAAGGGGUUCCCCUGCUGUAUUAACUGCUCAUGUUUUCUUUGUGUUAGGUAAAGCCAGUUUUUCUCAGUAUGAUUUUGACAUACCUCCUCUUUUGCGUGGUGUGAGUUUAAUACUUAAGUAUUAACCGCUGUGAAUGUCAAAUUUCAAGAUAUUCUUAACCAAACCAUUUUAUAUUCACAUCUCUAUUUUUGUAUAUUGUCAUAUUUAGCCCCUUCUCCCAUCAGCCUCACCGUGGUGAUUUUGACAGGGAGAUUAUUAAUCAAGUGAAAACAUCAUUUGUGCAGUUUAAGGGGCAACCUAGGAUAUUGUUAACUCCUCUUGGACUCCAGUGCAGUGCUUUGAAUUUGUAGGUUGCAGCAGAGCACACAGUAUACCUGGUCUGAGAUGGCAUUGUGCAUUUGCACCUUCUUUUGACAUCACAUCCAGUAAAGGUGCUCAGUGCCUUCACAGACUGGCCCUCUGAGUCUUCUCUCUCAAAACAAAGGUCCUGGGAGCUCCUGCCUCCUCACCUUUGGGUAUGGAAUGGGGAUAGCAACUUUCCAGAGGCGCCUUUUGGGUUUUAUUGUUCUCUGUUGCUUCCUUCGCAGCCAGUUUCAACUAAAAGAGAAGCUAUCUGAAAAGAUGGCAUGGGCUUGCAAUUGAUGCUGUUGACAAAAUUAGUGACAAAUUAUUCUUGUUAGCUGCCACUCAUGUGGAGUACUGGAUCCUCAUUUGGUUUCAGCUCCAAGGAAAACUCUGUCAUUGGGAUUCCAUCUGUAAUAAAAGGGUUUUUCCUACUAGUGCAGAAUACCUUAAACAGCCUUGGUGAUCUCCAGGCUAUUGUUGGUCUCUGAAGAUGGCAUACUAAGGGGGUUUUUGCCCAGCUGCAUUCUAGGUUUCUAGGAAUUGUGGUAGCUGUUCUUCUGGCUCUUCCUUGCUGGUGGAGAAGCUUCCUUGUGUUGUCCAGCAGGAUGGAUGUUGAGGAGGGUGUUGUGAACUAUAAGGGAACUGAAAACCAUAUAUAUGAAGGGGGGAGGGCGGGUGUGUCGGGGUGGGGGUGAGGCUGGCACACCGAUGAGAAUUAGAAUUUCUCUGUUGUUUACAUUUUUUCAUGUGCAGCAUUCCGUGUGGGGUUCACAUGCGGAAACUUGCACUAAUGAACUCAGAAGAAUAUUGUAUUGUUGUAUCUCAGUCCAAGUGCUUGUACUGCAAUGGCAAUGGUCUCUUCUUGCAAAAUGCUUUUUUCUCAGUGUGCCAAUUUCUUUUUGAAAAACUCCAGGAUGGUUGAGCUUAAGGAGUGGUAUCCUCUUUCUGGUGCAGCUGGACUGCCUCACUGAGGCAUCCCCUUGGAGGGAGCUUCCUGCAGUCAAUCUGUCUGUUAAUUACAAGCAAGAAUUUGUUUAGAAGAAAGAUAUUCUCUGCAUAUGGCUCAUGCUGCUUCCUGUGCUGGUUUACAUCCACAUAACCCAACUGAAGUCAGUGGGGUUGCCAUAGAAUUCCAUGUAGGACUUGAUCAGGUCUUUCUGAUACAGAUGUUUCAAUUUGUGCAUCAAAUAUUUUGGGUGCCUCUGGGAGGUUCAUGAGAGGGGAAGUGGACAGGCUGGGGUUUUUCACUGAAAAUACCCAGCACAGAGAACAGGCUAUUCCUGUCUGAGCAGGAGGCUGUGAUAUGAUUUUGUAAAUACAUGUAUUUUCUCAGGAAAUCUGGAGUAAAUUUUUGAAAGAUCUACUGAUUUGUGAAGCUCCUCUUGGGCAGAUCUCCAAACUAUUGAUGUGACCAGUACCCACACCUGACACAUUCCCAAUGGAUAAAUGCUGAGACUGAACAUUUUCUCUUUGUUCCCCUUUGGCACCGAGCCAGUUGUGAUUCAUAUUCUCUCUCUCUCUCUUAGUGAGGAUCAUCUUUUCUCCUGCUUCUCCAGUUGACUGAGGUAUUGGGACUGUAGAUAACACAGACAUGCCCAUUCAGGAGAUUGCUGAAGUGGGUUUGUAGCAUUAGCAUGGAAGGGAUCUCACUGAUGGCAGUGGAAAUUGUUCCUUGUCCUUCCAGUUAAGCAUAAAGGUCCUUAUCCUACAGCAUCAGGUACAGUAGGGCAUUGACACAGGGGCCCUUGUGUACUUUUUCCUCUCUGUAGAUACUGGGCAGUUCUAGCUGGCUGGUGAUGGGAAUAGCUGGCAUGCCCAGUCUGUUGUAGCUAAAAACAGAACAUCACAAAUUACAGCAUAAUUUGUUGAAAAUUAAUUUUGCAUGUUUAAAUGGCAGCAUUAGUGAGACCUUAGUCUACCUUUUAAAGUUCUACCUGGCAUGUCAUGGUGCAUACAGUUCAUGGCUUUCUAAGGGGCACUCUUCAUUUCCCCACUGCUUUUGGAUACCAAGGUAUUUGUUAGGAAAUAACUUCGAUGUGAUAAAUGGAUCAUACACAUGGCAUCUGCAUUUGAAAGAAAGAAUGGUUUCCAUGAAUACAAAUUCAUGCAACCUGUGCACAUACAUUAAAUGAAAUAUUUACAGAAAUGCAAAAUACGUAAGUGAGCCAUUUGAUAUAAAAGGAUUCAUUUUGCUGCAAGUUGAAACUUUCUGCACCGUAAAUUCUGUAUUUCUGCCCCAGCAUUUCCCUCCCCAUGUGCAAGUACAAGUGUGCGUGCAGGUACCCAAAUCUUUGAUAAUGGGCACUUACCCAAAGCUGAUCAUUUUCUCUUGUGCAUAGAUUCAGCCUCCCUGGCUCCCAGAGUGCCAAUGCUGGGUGUUGUCCUGCUGUGUCUCACCCACCCUGGGCUCCUUUUGGCCAGGUUGUACGACAGACAGCAGAACACCUGAAUUCUUCAUGCUCUGUCAGGCCAGGCAGCAGAGGAAGCACAUUUCUUACACUGUUCCCCUACUUCUGGAGUCCAUUUUGCAGAUGAGUAAAGCUCCUCUGUGUUUUUUUUAGGGACAUGAAAAGCAGUCUGCUGCAGCCCUAGCCUAAUUAUGAAGAAAAUUGCACCCAAACUGCUUGACAUGGCAGGUGUUGCAGUCAGCUGCAAGUGAAGGUGCAUGUGGAAAAUCCCUGUCAUUCCUAUUUAUUACUCUAAUGGGCCUUGACGGUGUUGUGGUCUCCAGCUCUGCAUUGCUUCUCUAUUUAUUCUCUAGAGAUGGCUUCAUUGGUAAGUCCUAAACACAGUUUAAGCUUUAAAGUAGUUAAACCUGUGCUAAGAUGAAGAAAAGGCCACUGUCUUGAAUAUUACUUCCAUUCCUGAUUGCUUGGCAAAUGUCAGAUUGAUUAAUUAGGACCAUUCUGGGGGGAACUGCUUGAGCUACAGAACUCCCUGGUCACACAUGCUGUUGGAUCAGAUGACUUCUUCAAAAUACCUCUUAAGAAGAAAUCAAACACUUUUCUUUUCCUGACCUUUUUGCCUUGAGUGUGUUUGUCACACAGUAUUGUUAGUGACAGAAUCUGCUUCUGAACCUGUACUGUGCAGAUUACUUAUUAGUUCUGCAACAGAAAAAUAACUGGCUCAUUGAGUGCAAAAAUAAUUUAAGCAUUGCUAUUCAGAAAUUGCUUUCUUAGCAAUGAGAUUUUUUAAAUUGCAUUUUGGUGUUAGUAUGACUUGAAAAUUAACCUUUAACUUAAUGGCAGGUAACAUAUAAACGUUGCCAAUAAGUUAGGAAUGAACUAAUAGCUUGAAAAGGGUUACGAAACAGUCAGUUUCUUUUCUAAAAGAAAUCAAAAUACAGUAGUGAUCCAAAAUUUUCUUCCUUUUCCAUCUUAUAAAAGGGAAGGGAUUUGUAGCAUUUAUAGGGACUGGUGAUUCACACCAGAACUGUGCAGGGCAGGGUAAGUAAAAUGUUGGUGUUUUAUUCAGGAUUGUCCUAGCAGAGGGCAGGGUGGUUGUUACAAACUGUUGGAGAGGCAGUGUUCCCCUCUCUGGAUGAACCAGGAGCAGCUCUGAAGUCCUGAUUAAAAUUGCUGCAACCUUAAGCCAUGCAGGGGAGAGUCAGUGGAAAAGGGAAGUGUUUUUUUGUAAAGAGGAUACCACCAGGCUUAAGCUGAACUAGCCUUGUUUGCAAGUGAAGGAUCUGGUGCUGCUUUCAGAUUUUAACUCUUUGUUUUGUUUUUGGUUUGUUUUGUUUUUUUUUUCUCAACUGUUUGUCAUUGUCUUAAAGCAAGCUGGUGUCUCUUGUUCAUCAACUUCAGUACGAUGGUGCUUUGCAAGGAUGUAUUUAUAUUAUAAUGGCCAACAUUUGGCCAGCCCUAUUCACUCAUUCACUAACUUUUUUUUUUUUUUUUGUAAAAUAAAGUGCUUUACUUGUACGGUGUAUAUAAACCUUGUAAAAAAUCCUUUGCAAUUAUUACUAUAAACUGAGUUGUAACAAAUGAAAUGUUGAUUUUUAUAAUAAAACUAAGA